AUGUCGUUAAAUGACUCAGGAAAGUCUGUACACAAGGGUUUGGACAAUGAUUGGAAAAGCCGACCACCAGGGGACGAUGAAGGAGAGGAAUUUGUUAGUUUCCAGCUCAAAGCACUUGGUCUAAAACUGAGAGAGGUUCCAGGAGAUGGAAACUGCUUGUUUCGUGCUUUGGCGGAUCAAUUGGAGGGACAUUCAAGAAAUCACUUGCUUUUACGUCACGAGACUGUUCAGUACAUGCAGUCUCACCGACAGGCCUUUGAACCUUUUGUUGAGGAUAAUGUGCCAUUCACGAAGCACGUGUCAGACCUUGCAGAACCAGGCACCUUUGCAGGGAACGAUGCAAUAGUGGCCUUUGCUCGAAGUCAGCAGGUGAAAGUAGUCAUCCAUCAGCUGAAUGCUGCAUUGUGGGAGAUAAAUGGAUCAGAGAAGCCAUUAUGUCAGGAACUUCAUAUAGCAUACUGUUACGGUGACCAUUAUGACAGUGUCCGGGAUCUUGCAGACAACUCUGAAAGCCCUGCCCAUCUGCGUAUUGCGAAUCUAAAUAAUUCAAGGCGGGUUGGUGAUGGUGAGAAGUGCAAACAGAAAGCCCCUUCCCCCAGCCACUCUCCUUCUGACGAUGGAGAUGUUAUCCUUAAUUCCCUAAAGACCACCAUGUGUCCGCCUGAGACUGGUACCACACACAAACCCAAGCUGUCUAAUAAACAAAGGAAAAAACAACGUCGUCUAGAGAAGAAGAAGAAGCGGCAGGAAAGACACAUACAUACGGUUCUUCAAGGCAAAAGUUCACGUCACCAGAAUCAGAAUCUGCUUGGACCGAUUACACUUUUGCAAGCACUCAGCACUCUUAGCAUCUAAAAUAGUCAUGGACAAACGCUUCGAAACAAUUCUCUGCUGCUGUUUUCCAAGUAUGACAAGAAAUGGGUCAUUUCUAUCAUGUGCAUAUCUGGAGAAGUGCAUGGAAAUAUUCUGGCCCAAGUGCUGCCAUCUUCACAGACAAUAAGAGGAAAUUCUCUCUUUAGGGUAAAAUCAUCAUGGUAUGUGCUAUGGAUGCCUUAGCUGAACUAUCAUAUCUUCAUUCUUUUUUUAAGUACAUUUUUUAAGUAUUAUUUAGAACCAAAGUACAGUCCAAACUGUUAUUGACAGUGUGGAAAUACCAUUCAAAUUUUGUUGUUGAUUAUGCUGAUGAAUUUAAAGAAAUAGUUUCUUCUUUUGAUUUAAAAAUGAUUAUUUUCUGAUUCUGUUCAAUGCUGCCAAUGUUUAUUGAAAUGUGAGAAAUAAUUAUAGUUCAUUUUUCUGUUUGUGUUACACAAAGAAUGAGCAUCAAAUUUUAUACAGAAGUGUAAAUUUAUUUAUUUAAAAUUAAUAAUAAAAUUUGGGAGAGUCUUGUACAAGAUAUUGUGUAUAUAAUAACACAUUUACAGGCAUUAUUUGUAAUUCAAUACACCUGUGAUAUGCUGAAUCAUCUACUGCUUAAUAUAUUUUGACAGCAUUCAAGCAUGAUGAGUAGUUUGGCAAACAGUAGGCUUUAACUAAAAGAAAGUGCUAAAUUCUGAGUCAUCUUAUUUACAUGUAUAUUAAACUUUUUAAAGCAAA